AUGGAACCCAGCGGCAUGGCUCACCUCGAUUUCCCCAACUCUGCCUCUCCAGAAAGGCUGUUCGCGGGCCAGCCGAUAGGUUUCGUUCCUCGGGAUGGGGACUCGAAUGCACAGGAUGCGAACCCCGGAGAACAUACCCCUGGAUUGCCCGAUGAAGAUACUUCGAUGCGUCGCUCGUGCGGAACCUGUCAUGUCCUCAAGUCGUCGAUGAAUACUGCGACUAUAUCUACGCCUUCGCAUUCACAUUCGAAUUCUAUAUCUACGCCCACCGCUGCGCAAAAUAGAUCGUCUGGGCUGGAUCUGGAAUCGUAUAUCCCCGUUGGCGUGUUAAGGAAACGGAACACAAGCGAUACCGGGAACACGGAGACCCCAGAAGACGUCGAUGGAUUUCCUUCGUCAGCGAUCGCGAACUUGGAGAAACACAAUUGGAUCCGGACACACGCCUUCCCUUACGAAACCAAUCCGCAAUGGAGCUACGUACGCAUAUACAUUUUGCCGGAUGACUUGGGCCGCAAGCUCAUUCCGCGCUCGAGCACGGCGUUACGCCGCGCGCUCAAGGCUGUCAUGACAAGGGUGGAUCGAUCGCGUAAAGCAUGGGAGGGGAACUUUCCCGGGGACCAGAAUGAGAUUUUUACCAAUGAGAAACGGAAGGGGGAGGAAGAUGAAUCGAUGUGGUAUAUUUUCAACACUUUGCAGGAUCCUGCACCCCAGGUGGAGACGAUGCAGGACCCGUAUGCAAGGCAGGCCAUGGAGGAGUUGCUUUUGGGCGUUGGUCAGGAGGAUUCGGGAGUUAUUGGUCUUAAGACUGCGCUGUAUCCUUAUCAGCGUCGCUCAGCGGCAAUGAUGGUACAGCGUGAAGCACAGCCGGCAAGGAUGCUUGAUCCUCGUUUGCAGGCCUGUACGAAUCCGCUUGGGCAUGAGUACUACUAUGAUAAGGAAGAGGGGUGUAUCUUUCAUGAGAAGAAGAUGUAUUCAGAAGCCUGUGGAGGUAUUCUAGCAGAAACCAUGGGUUGCGGCAAGACCCUCAUCUGUCUCGCGGUGAUACUGGCGACGCAGGGACAUUUUCCUCGAAUUCCGCUGCAGUACUAUCAGCAGAUUGAGAAUCCUGUUCGUGAGAAGACUGCCAGUCUCGUCGAGAUGGCGGCUGCAGCUGCGGGACGGUACUCUUUGCCGUGGAAAAGGUACUUUGACUCUUUGAAAAGCCACGGUUUAUCCAACGAUCGGUGUGCCAAAGCAUGUGAAACUAAUCGUGGUAACUAUACCAUUCCAUCCGCAGCGACAAGGCAGAAAGCUCGGAACGGUGUGGCAUAUCCGAGACCACCACCACAGAAUCUUCGCCUUUGCUCGGGGACAUUGAUCGUCGUGCCACCAAACUUGGUCGAUCACUGGGAAAGCGAGAUUGCCAAACACACGGAAGGAUUGAAGGUGCGUAUUCUUCGAAACAGCUCUGACGAGACGCCAUCAGUGGAUGAGCUUUUGCAGUAUGAUAUAGUCCUCUUCUCGAGGAUCCGCCUUGAGAAAGAAGCUGGUGAACUGGUGCCCAACCGCCGUGUUUCAGUGAAACCAGAAGACUCUCCAUUGACCAAGGUCCAUUGGCUGCGCAUAAUUGUCGAUGAAGGUCACAAUGUCGCUGGACAUGGCCAACGGACGAACAUGGUGCACCUGUUAGAUCAGCUUCAAGUCGAGCGCCGGUGGAUCGUGUCAGGAACGCCGUCUAGUGGACUGUAUGGAGUGGAAGUCAGCUUGGCUUCGCGAGAGACGUAUAGUAGCGAGAGUGAUCUUUCCAAUGCUACGAAUACCGCGCUUCGAAGGCGCAGGAAGACCGGGUCAGCGCUUGAGAGUGAACUGAAGGACCUGGACAAGUUGCGCCACAUUGUGGUGGAAUUUCUGGAUCUGAAGCCAUGGUCGAAUUCUCGGGCGGAUGACCCUGCAAAUUGGACCAAGUAUAUGAAACCGGUCGGUGAAGAUGGUAAGCGUCGAAAGGCCCCGUCGCUCCGAGCAACAUUACAGAGUCUCGUUGUACGGCAUCGCAUGGAUACCAUCCACGGUGAGACUCCUCUUCCGCCGCUAUCUAAUAAGGUGGUCCAUCUUGAACCGACAUUUUACGAUCAACUGAGUCUGAACAUGUUCAUUGCCAUCUUGGGUGUCAACGCAAUCACCUCAGAGCGAACUGAUCAGGACUACAUGUUUCAUCCACGUAACCGGAAGCAUCUUAGUCUUACUAUCAGCAAUCUUCGGCAAGCUGGGUUCUGGUGGGCUGGGUUUGACGAACAAGAUAUCUCCGGGACGAAGGACGUUGCUAUACAAUACCUGCAGAAGAACAGAGAACAGAUGUCGGAGGACGACAUCGCUAUGAUGGCUGAGGGUAUUCGAAUUGCACAGAUUGCCAUUUGCUGUGGAAGCCGGAGCGCAUUUCGACAAUACCAUGAACUGGGUGUCUUCGUACAGGAUUUCCCCGCGCAUGCGCGCAGUCUUUGGGCUCUUGACCCAUCGACGGCGGACAUUGAACCGCUGUUGCUGGGUAUUUCGCAGGCGCGUCAGGCUCAGCAGUUUAUUAACUCUCAUUUGAACACGGAGGAUCCAGCUGAAGGUCUCGCUGGUGCGGGCAUCAAGGCACGCCGUGAGCUUGCUGAACGGCAGAGCGACUCUGUGCCCACGCCCACGAGGAUGAGCACACCUGUGACUUCGCCAAAGAAGACUAGUACAUUGGAUAAAAGUGCCAAGAAGAAUUCACCGAAGAAGUCGUUUCCCAAGGGCCUUUCCAAGUCCUUGCCAAAGGAAUCGCCGCUUGCUCGGACGAAGCUUGUCGCAACAGCAUCGGCAAAGUUGACCUAUCUUCUUGAUCGGGUUUUGGAGCUCCAAGAGAAGGAGAAGAUUAUAAUUUUCUACGACAACAACAAUAUUGCGUUUUGGAUAGCUGAAGGUCUGGAAAUGAUAGGCGUUGAGUUCCGUAUUUACGCCAAUACGCUCAAACCCGCCCUACGAACCGCAUACCUAGCCCUAUUUCGCGAAGACGAAGAAGUCCGCGUCCUCCUAAUGGACCUCCGCCAGGCCUCUCACGGCCUUCACCUCGCCAACGCAUCCCGUGUCUUCAUCGUAAACCCCAUUUGGCAACCCAACGUCGAGAGCCAAGCGAUUAAACGUGCACACCGUAUCGGACAAACCAGACCCGUAUACGUCGAGACGCUCGUUUUGAAAGAUACACUAGAAGACAAGAUGCUUCAACGACGGAAGGAAAUGUCUGAUUCGGAGAUCCAACAUGCGGAGAAAGAUCUAUUGGAUGAUAGUACCAUGAAUACUAUCAUUCAGAACGAGAAGUUUAUCCCGAUGUUUGAGGAUGGUAACGGGCAUGCUAAUCCGUUUGCACGGUUGGCGUUUUUGAAAAAUCCGGUUGGACUUUUUGAUCGGCAUAAAUUGCCGGUGCCGGACAGCUUUGAUUCAGCGGAAGGGAACGGGAAGCAGAUAUGCGAAGGGUCACCGUUAACGACACCAGUACCAUCGCCGUCUAAGACGUCCGCAAAGAGGAAACGCAAAACUUUACGGUUCGACACGGCUAGUGCGAAUGCAAGCCCCAAAGACAAACAAGAUGAUGGACCAGACCUCCUCACGCCCAACAUCAAACGACGAAAGAACUCAGCUGCAGCAACGGCAGAAGCGGCGGAAUACGUGAACGGGAAUGGGAUUGUCAUGACUCCUUCGCGUCCACGUCCACCUCGUAACAGAAAUAGUGGAAGUGCGACUCCUCUUCCUACGCCUCCUCCUCCUUCUUUUUUCCCUCUUUAUCCAGGCCAGGAUGUACAGACAACGGAUGUAUCGGGUUCAGGGCGUUUGGAAUAG